AUGAUAAUUGAUAUAAUAGAAAUAGAAGCUAUCCAUUCUUUUUCCAGAUUGGAAGCCUUAAAAGAAGUUUAUGGGAUCAUAUGGAUGCUUGUCCCUAUUUUCAUUCUUGUAUUAGGAAUCACACUGGGUGUUUUAGUAAUUGUUUGGUUAGAAAGAGAAAUAUCCGCAGGGAUACAGCAACGUAUUGGACCCGAAUACGCGGGGCCUUUGGGAAUUCUUCAAGCUUUAGCCGAUGGUACAAAACUACUUUUCAAAGAAAAUAUUCUUCCAUCUAGAGGAGAUACUCGUUUAUUCAGUAUUGGUCCAUCCAUAGCAGUCAUAUCCAUUUUACUAAGUUAUUCAAUAAUUCCUUUUAGCUAUCACUUUAUUCUAGCUGAUCUUAGUAUUGGUGUUUUUUUAUGGAUCGCCAUUUCAAGUCUUGCUCCCGUUGGAUUGCUUAUGUCAGGAUAUGGAUCAAAUAAUAAAUAUUCCUUUUUAGGUGGAUUAAGGGCUGCUGCUCAAUCAAUUAGUUAUGAAAUACCAUUAACUCUAUGUGUAUUAUCAAUAUCUCUAUUAUCUAACAGUUUAAGUACAGUUGAUAUAGUUGAAACACAAUCUAAAUACGGUUUUUGGGGAUGGAAUUUGUGGCGUCAACCUAUAGGGUUUCUCAUUUUUCUAAUUUCUUCUCUAGCCGAGUGUGAGAGAUUACCUUUUGAUUUACCAGAAGCCGAAGAAGAAUUAGUAGCUGGUUAUCAAACCGAAUAUUCAGGUAUAAAAUUUGGCUUAUUUUAUGUAGCUUCGUAUCUAAAUCUACUAAUUUCUUCAUUAUUUGUAACAGUUCUUUACUUGGGGGGGUGGAAUCUUUCUAUUCCAAACCUAUUUUGUCCUGAGUUAUUUAACAUAAAUCAAAGAGGGAAAGUUUUUGGAACAAUAAUCAGUAUUUUUAUUACACUGGCUAAAACUUAUUUGUUCUUAUUCCUUUCUAUUGCAACAAGAUGGACUUUACCAAGACUGAGAAUGGACCAACUAUUAAAUCUUGGAUGGAAAUUUCUUUUACCUAUUUCUUUGGGUAAUCUAUUAUUAACGACUUCGUUCCAACUUCUUUCACUGUAA